UGCACGCGACCGCUUGUGCCCCGUGUUGUUGCGCGUCAACUACGCGACGUUCAUAUUUCGUUCGCAAACUUGCUAUCCGGACUGCACAUGGAUUUAAAGUGUACAAGUGUUACCAGUUUAAAAACCAUAUUUUCUGUUAUAAAAAUGUGGCUGUAACAUUAUUGUGGUAAACUUAAUAUGGCCGCAGCCAUGAUAAGUGAUCGAGGACUACGUAAAAAACUAACCCAAGAGGCUAUACCCGAGAAAACACCACGGAAACCUUCAAAAAGGAAAUCGACUCCGAGCAGUUCUAAAGACAAGAAAAACGAACAGAACAAUAAUAAACGUCCUAAAAUACAAACAGGAGAUCCUAAAUUGGAUUUAUUCUCGACUUACCAGCCUUGGGUAAUACAAACAUAUGGAGAUUUAGCUAAAACAAAGACGAUUACAUUGAAAAAGUAUGCAAGAAUCCUGCGUACACUUCGCGGGGAGGAAUGUAACAGUUCUGAUAGUUCAAAAUUCCGUUUCUGGGUAAAAGCGAAAGGUUUCUAUGUGGGUAAACCACCUGGGUACGAAGCAAAGCCGGCGGACGGCAUUGUAUGCCGGUACAGCGUGGCUGAUGCUGAGGGCUGCGCGAGGACGCCGGACGGCUUGGAGAUAUACAGCGGAUCGCAGAAUGAUCCUCCUCUCUAUAUUCCUACGCCGCCGCUUAAGAAUGCGCCAAGUCAAGAACCUGUUUAUAGAAAAGUUGCAAUAGUAGAAAAUUUCUUCGAUAUCAUUUAUACGGUGCAUGUUGAGUUAGAAGGCAGGCCAGGGAAACAUGCGGGGCAAAAAAGAACUUACAGAACGAUUACGGAGACAUAUGCGUUUCUUCCUCGUGAAGCCGUGACCAGGUUUCUAACAGGAUGCGCGGAGUGCGCGCGACGCCCGCGCAGCGCCUCCCCACCUCCGCUGCCUACACCUUCCCCGUCCCCAACCAGACAUCCCCCCUACCUACCAUUCCUCCCUCACUGCGCAGCUGAUUAUACCAGGAAUUGGGAAUCAGAGAUUGAUGCAGCCCAUUCCAACUAUCCUUACGAACCGAAGUUCGAUUACACAGAACUACAACCUCUGAAGAAAGUCGAAAGUCCUAAACCAACUGACACGGAAGAUGAACCGACUUAUAUUGAACUUACCUCCAAAAAAGUGAACGGCUUCGAUUCAACUCCCAUAAUAAAUAGAAGUUCGUCUGUUGAACCAGCGUUUAGAGAAGAACAGCCUGUGCGUACCGACCCUGAGAUAGAUAAAGACGAAAAUAGUUUAAUUGACGUUGAAGACGUAAAAGUCGAUGACAGUCCACCGCCAGUAGUGCUGGAAGAGAAGCAAGAAGUAGAAGAAGAGAAAGUAAACGAAGAAAGUGAUAAAGAAAGUACCAGGGCGACAGAAAACAUAGAAGUUACGGAACCGAAAGUCGAAGUUAAAAAGGAGAAGAAGUAUAAUCCGCUGGAUGUCGCUAAUUUGACUUCGAAAGAUCCUCCAAAGUCGCGGUCGCCGCCUCGUAAGAAGUUAUUACCAACAAGUAUAGAUUGUUCUAACUCCUUUGGAAGAUAUCCUCGACCGUGGCGUCCUGACGGCGGUUUGUACUACGCUGGAGAAGACGUCGACUACAGCGUCCCUAUAACAACAGCUUAUCUUAAACAUAUGCGGAGUAUGGCGUAUCAAGACAGCUUGGAUGGGGAGUCUAAGGACAAUUUAACUCCGGAGCCAACUGAUAUGACAGACGAUGACAAUUUCUCUGGUGUCGCCCUCGCGAAAGACGCCGAGAAGUUGAAAAUGAUGUUGCUGGCAUGGAAUUAUCACAGCCAAAGCCAAGGUCGUAACGGUGACAUGUCAGAGAGUGGGACGGACAGCAUGGCAGACCUUUGGGCCUCAUACCACAGCGCCCUAGGGCUAGGGUCUAAGCCGCCCAAGCCGCCAACGCCCUUGGCUACAGGCCACUCGGUGAGUUUUAAGAGUCCAAUCCACGUUGGUUCCGCGACGCCGGGGUUGGAGACGAGUGCGACCCAUGAUGAGACGUCCUCAUCAGACAGGACUAAGGAUGAUGACGACGGUGGAGCCUCAGACGACGACAGUGAUGAUCGCGUCGACCCACAUCAUCACGACCCAGAACGACUUAAGGCUUUUAAUAUGUUCGUCCGUUUGUUCGUUGACGAGAAUCUAGACAGAAUAGUACCUAUAUCUAAGCAGCCUAAGGAAAAGAUCCAGGCCAUCAUAGACUCGUGCACACGACAGUUCCCGGAGUUCGCAGAAAGAGCGAGGAAGAGGAUCAGGACGUACUUGAAGAGUUGCAGAAGGAACAAGAAGGUCAGGGGAGACGUGCCUACCAGUGGGAAUGGAGGCAGCACGCCCUCUACCAGCGCGUGGGAUACCGCGGUGCGACCGACGCCGGCGCAUCUGACGUCGGUUCAGGCGGAGCACAUUCUUGCGCAGGCGUGCGAGAAUGAGAGCCUGAAUGCUAAACGUAUGCGUCUCGGUCUCGACCCUGUCAGCCAGCCCAUGCCCACGCUGCCAACACCCAUGUCGAUUGAUACAACAGCGACAUCAGCAGUGGCGUCGUCUUUCCUCAGCCUGUACUCCGGCACUACCACCAGCAGUGCGGGGGGUGCGGGGGGCAAGGACACGCGCCCCGCGACACUAGCGCCGCUGCCGCCCAGCCCUGCGGACGCCGCGCUCAACAAUAACACGCUCAAGAUUGAUAACGCCAAUGGGAAUACUGGCAGUAAGACUGCUAGCCCCGCGUCGUCUCCAGCGCCGCUGUUCAGACCGUCUUUCCCAAGCACGUUCGGCACACCGCAGACAUUCGGACGACAAAAUUCAAACACAAGCAACGCUUCAGCACUGUCAAGCAGCGCCUUGUUGUCCACUCUGUCUACAUUGCCACCAACAGGCGUAGGUAUGAACGCGGCGAUGGCGGCCUAUCAGAGCGCGCUGCUGUCUGCCAUGGCGGCGCACACGCAUUCCUUCCCGCUCGCCGCUCCAACAGAUCUAUCAGUGAAGAGUACGCCAUCAACAUCUCUGCACUCAUCAGUGGGCGGUGCUAGCGUGUCAGGAGGUGGGGCCGGUCUGUCGGGGGGCGGGGCGAGCAAGCCACUCCUGUCACACAAGCUGUCAGGAGCAGAAACAGGAGCAGUACGGCAGCUGAUCACAGGCUACCGCGAGUCUGCUGCUUUCCUGCUGCGUUCUGCUGACGAGUUGGAAGCUCUGCUGCUCAACCAACCAUAGGAUACGGCGAAUCUACUCGGUUUUAAAUUUGGAUACUUUUAAAAUGUUAUGUAACAGUGAUAGACGUUUAUGCAUUCCUGGUACGUGAGAGGAAUUGAAUUUAUGUUGUCCUGGUUGGGUUUUCUUAUUAAAACUGUCCUAAGAAGGU